UUAAAUCGCCCGCUACAAUGUCGCAGCCACGGAAAGUGAUCCACCUACCUAAGGUGAGAAUGUUGCGGCCAUCGUCGGUCGGGCGGCCGGGCGGCCUGCGCAUCACCAAUAUCAAAGCGAUCAGACCACCAGAUCCUGAGGCCAUCAAGAAACAGGAGGAGGAGAAACUUAGAGCUGAGCUAGAGAAAGAGAUAAUGUCUCGUUCACGUUCGUGUGCAAACAAGACGUAUGAAUGCACCCUCCCUGUACUUUCCGGACGUCAGUACUGUGUGAAGCAUAUAUUGAAGGAUCCCACAGCACCGUACAAACAAUGCGCUCACAUAUACAGUAACGGUGAGAGGUGUCAGCAACCAGCCCCUAGCGAAAACAAGGACCACAGGGAUCAAGGAUUGUGUUUCGAGCACGCCCGUGUAGCGUUACACGCGCGUCAACGUAGCGCUGCGCCACCGCCCCCGGUUACUACUACGGAGACGCUACUGAACCAAUUACAACAUUACGUCAGGCCAGAAAGAGCUCGCACCACAUCUUGUGCUUCGUCUGUGUCAGUAGUGAGUGAUCAUGACCCGGACAACAUUGCUCCGACUCCGUUAGACCCUUUCAAGCAAAUAGACGCAACUGCUGUGAACGCUCAGUACUCGGCAUCUAUAAUGGAGUGUGCGAGCGGGACGGACAGUGAUGCUGAUAGUGUCACACUCGGCCCCGGCGGCUCGUGCAGGGAAACCGGACCCAUAGAGCACUGCGAGGAAGCGCCCUGUGAAGAGGGACCUUUAUGGCGUGCGGGUGUUUAUACCGCUGAAGAGGCAGUCUGGUGUGCGAAGAACUCGCUGCGUUCACUGCAAUCAUUGUACGUGAAGCAGAUGGGGAGACUGAAGGUGUUACUGCAAAUGGCCAGGGCACAAUACAUCAAGUCGCUCAAAGCCGAGAAAGAACAGUACUGUAGCAUAAACUCCCAGGCUCGCUCUGGUCCACUAACAGUGCGCGAGCGCAGACAACUGAGGAAACUGAAGGCGUACGCCGCGUACCAUAGACACCAUAGAGUAGAGGCGCUACUCGCUAGGAAACUGCAUCGCAAGAGAGCCAAGAUGGGUUCAGAUAGUAACCGGCCGGGUCCCCAGGGCCGUUGUUCCUUCGCAGAGGGUGGGGUGAGAUGUUCGAUUCCCGCCUUACCCGCAGCUAAACACUGUAUGAGACAUAUACUGCUCGAUAGACACCAGGUGCUAUUCACCGCGUGCGGCGAUUCCCGCGGUUGCGCGUCGUGUGGUGAGCCGAGCGCCCGGCUGCCGCUGCCCACACUCGCGUGCCGGUACCACGCGGCGCCACCGCAUCUAGCCACAUUCACACUCAAGAAGGACGACUCUGACAGCGAAUCGGACUCUCACUCUAGUUCGGACGAGUCCCAAGCUGACGACUUCGUGGAGCAUUCGUCUGACAAGCACGAGAUUGCACCAGUUCCAGAGUCGCCGUUUGAAUGACACAUGGAGUUGGACGACUUACUCUAUGAUCUCGAGUGCUAGUGGGCCAUAAACGGAGUGUGAUGACUUCAAUUGAAGUGAAAUGUGUUCUGAAAGUGACUUUAGUGAACACCGGUCAAACUAAAAUGUGUGUUAAUAUGAAGUGAAAAGAAAUACUGUGAAUAUUUGGUGUUAUGGUGGAUAUGAUAAAUCUGUUUGUGUAGAGCAGACCUACCAGUUCCGACGAUGACUGAACGUAGGAAUAAUUCUAUAGUGAGCCUUAUAUCAAUAACUGUAAGGUGUAAACAAUGUAUUAGAUGUCCAUCUUACUCAUACUCAGCGGUCAGGUACUCAGUGGAUAUUGGUGGACUGCCCGAUAGUGCGAUUAUAAUGUUUUUACGGUCAGUACAAUAUUACACUACUAAUUUACUAAAUCGGCAUUGACAUGUCUCGAAUUUGGAAUCAGUUACUAACCACAUGUAAACAAGCUGUGUUAUCAAAAACAAGUACAAUAUCCGCCUGUGUGACUUGUUUAACUGUGUUGAUGCAAUUUAAUUGAAUUUAAAAUUAUUCACUUUGCUUGACAUUUUUUUCCUAGAGAUAUUUUAUUAUUCUAUGUACAGAUUGGAUUGCCUUUCUCAGAUGAAGAAGUUCAUAUUUUUUCACUUAAUCUACAAAUCCAUUCAACAAGUAACAAUAUCAUUCAGUUUAACACUAUAUCCAAUGGUCAUUCUAUUUGAUAAAGUAGACUACUUAAAAAUUUUAAUGUUUUUAAAUAUAAUUUCAAUGACUGCAUUAUUGUAAAAUAUUUGAUAACUAGAAUAGUGUUAGGUACUUAUAAGUAUUUGCUAAGUUAGAUUGACUUGUAAAAAUCCAUAAGUAAUCUCUUAAUAAUGUAACUUAAGUUUACUUUACUUUUAAUUAUUGUACCUUUGAAAUCUAAAUAUUUGUUACCUUGAGGUGUAAUAGUAAUCAAACUAUGGAGUACAAGAUAUACAACUAUAAGAAUUCUAAAGACAUGAUAAUGUAUAUUAUCCUCGAAACUAGGUAGAUGAACCAAAGAAGCGUUAUUACCUGAAUCAAACGCAGCAGUAUUGUUAUAUUGACGAUUUACAUUCUGUUUGUGAUAUGAAAUUAUCUGAUAAGUAUGAAACGUAAAUAAAUUGGUGCUUUUGAAAUCUAGUUUUAAUUUUGAGCAUUCCUUUUUAAUACAAUAUCGCAUCCAUCACUUUAUGAAAAUAAAAAUUUCUUAACAUUGGAACGCUCGAUGGCAACACAUUUUUUUGGUAGUCAAUGAGUCCAUCUUUUGGUGUCCGUCAGUCUGGCAGCGCGACCCUUUUGGAUUUUAAAUGAAUUCUUUACCCAUCAAAUUUCAUAUUUAUCAAUCUGUUACGAAGUAUGUACAAAUAGAAAAAAAUCCCGAAAUAAUCACACAGCAUAAAAAUGAUAUUUUUUUAGCUUUUUAAGUCGUAUGGCUUGAC